CACCGCCGCCGCCGCCGCCGCCUGCCCAGCGGCCCGGGAGGCGGAGGCGCGGGGGAGGAGGCCCCGCUCGGCUCCGCAGCCCCGGAUGCUGCAUGACUUCAUCCUUCCGCCGGCUGCCCUGCUGAGCUAGGGCCGGUCCGGCAGCUCGCCCGCCGCUCGCCCGCCCGCGCCCCGCCGCAGUCUCCCGCGCCCGCCCCGCACCGCCAUGUCCGAGAUCCUGCCCUACGGCGAGGACAAGAUGGGUCGCUUCGGCGCCGACCCCGAGGGCUCCGACCUCUCCUUCAGCUGCCGCCUGCAGGACACCAACUCCUUCUUCGCGGGGAACCAGGCCAAGCGACCCCCCAAACUGGGCCAGAUCGGCCGAGCCAAGAGAGUGGUGAUCGAGGAUGACCGGAUAGACGACGUGCUGAAGGGGAUGGGGGAGAAGCCGCCGUCCGGAGUGUAGACGCGCCGGCUCGGGCGGCGGGCUCCGGGCCCAGCCCCGCAGUGGCAGCGGCCAGGAGCGCGGGGCCGGCGAUGCGGCUGCCGGCGCCCCCCG